AUGGGCUCAAUGGAGACGUUUUAUCUCAGCUUGGCUACUCCCGAAGGCGAGCCAGUCCACUGGAUGAUUGGAUUUGGCGUCUCCGUUGCGUACCGUGGAAAGGGUUUUGUGGACGUAGUAGAGGCAUUGAAACAAGCAUGGAAGGACAUACGCCAUGACUUCUUUAGCAUUCCCGCCACGGUUGACCCGGUCAAUCAACGCUUGGUGGUUGGGCCCGACGACGAUGCAUCGGUGGAGUGGUGGCUGCAGAGUUCGUUUGAAGUCCACGACGGUAUUACAGCUGAUCAACUCUUCUCCAACUUCAAAAGCCAGUUUUCCAUCACACUUCACUUCUUGCCUGACACAAACGAACUUGUGAUACAGGCAAUGCAUGCCCUCUUGGACGGCCGCGGCAUGUUGUAUCUUUUCGAUGCCCUCUUCAAGAGCCUGUCCAAGCAGCCAAAAGAUGAACAGACUAACGGCAGUACUUGCACCAGCAGUCCAAAUCUUACAAGACCGCUGGAUGAGUGGAUCAAGUUUUCGCAAAGUCCAUCUCAGCAGAAUAUCGAGGAUGCGCGAGAUUUGUUUAAGCGUUUCGUGCAAGACAAGCCAGUUAGACUACCCGGAGUGGACUUUGGACGCACACCUGGUCGGCCAGUUCACAGAGAGCUGUCUUUAAGUGAGAAAGAUUCGCACAGGAUUGUUGAUGCUUGCAAGAUUAAGGGCUUAACUGUUACCACAGCUUGGCAUGCUGCCCUAGCCAUAGCAGUCCAGAAAAUUCAAAAAGAAAAAGGUGAAACGGGCACAACAUACACUCAAUUUACCACUAUUGAUCUACGACGUUGGUUUCCAGAGCCUUUCCGCGCCAACCAGCACUUCAUUGGCAGUCUUCAAACAGCGCUUCCAUUUGCGGUCGAUCUCGGCAAGGAAAGCAACUUUGACAAAAUUUCUCAAUGCCUUCAAAAGGAUUAUAAAAAGCCGUUUACUUUCGCACACGGUGAUGUCAGCUGUCUCGUCCCCGGUAUGGCCAUGUAUAAGCAAAUGCUUGCGGCCGGCCAGGUUACCCCAAGCAGCACGCCAUACCUGUCAAGUAUGGGUGUCGUUGAUGAUUUUAUCAGUCCUCGUUAUGGAGAUUGGGAGCUUACCAAGUAUGGUUAG